AUGGCUGUGCCAAUUUCCACCGUCGCGGAAAGCAAGGAGCUCCGCGGUCUCAAUCUUAUUGCGGCCCAUUCACACAUUCGCGGUCUUGGUGUCGAUGCCGAUUCUCUACAACCUCGCGGUGUCUCUCAGGGACUUGUUGGGCAAGAGAAAGCGCGCAAAGCUGCAGCUGUCAUUCUUCAGAUGGUCAAGGAGGGCAAGAUUGCAGGUCGCGCGAUGUUGAUCGCAGGACCCCCUAGCACUGGUAAAACUGCUAUUGCGAUGGGUAUGGCUCAGUCGCUUGGGUCUGAUGUACCAUUUACAAUGCUGGCAUCGUCGGAGAUUUUCUCAAUGGAGAUGUCGAAAACCGAAGCUCUUACGCAGGCCUUCCGAAAGUCAAUUGGCGUGAGAAUCAAAGAGGAGAGCGAAAUCAUUGAGGGCGAAGUUGUUGAGAUCCAAAUCGAUCGCAGUGUCACUGGUGGCAAUAAACAAGGAAAGCUCACGAUCAAAACCACCGACAUGGAAACGAUUUACGACAUGGGAACUAAGAUGAUUGACUCCAUGACCAAAGAGCGUGUGAUGGCAGGCGAUGUCAUCUCGAUCGACAAGUCGUCUGGUAAGAUCACUAAACUCGGUCGUUCGUACGCUCGCUCACGCGACUACGAUGCUAUGGGUGCCGACACCAAGUUUGUCCAAUGCCCUGAGGGUGAGCUGCAAGUUCGCAAGGAGAUUGUUCACACUGUCAGCUUGCACGAGAUUGAUGUGAUCAAUUCACGCUCGCAAGGCUUUUUGGCUCUCUUCUCCGGAGACACUGGCGAGAUCCGCAGUGAGGUCCGGGAUCAAAUCAACACAAAGGUUGCCGAGUGGAAAGAAGAAGGCAAAGCCGAGAUCAUUCCCGGUGUCUUGUUCAUCGACGAGGUCCACAUGUUGGAUAUUGAAUGUUUCUCGUACAUUAACCGUGCGCUCGAGGCAGAGCUUGCCCCCAUCGUUAUCAUGGCAAGCAAUCGCGGCCAGGCCAAGAUUCGCGGCACCACAUACACAUCUCCUCAUGGUCUUCCUCUUGACUUCCUUGAUCGCGUUGUCAUUGUGAGCACACAACCUUACUCGGCCGACGAAAUCCGUCAGAUUCUGGCAAUCCGUGCUCAGGAAGAGGAAAUCGACGUCUCACCGGAUGCACUCGCGCUCUUGACGAAGAUCGGGCAGGAGUCAAACCUUCGUUAUGCGAGCAACAUCAUCACUACCUCGCAUUUGUUAAGUCAGAAGCGCAAAGCGAAGGAGGUCAGUAUUGAGGACGUCCAGCGCAGCUUCAAACUCUUCUACGAUCCCGGACGGAGUGUGAAAUUCGUGAAUCAGUACGAGCAACGGUUCAUUGGCGAUCACGGCGCUGUCAAUUUCUCAGCUCCUAGCAACGGCGAUGCCAUGGAAAUUUCCUAA